AUGUCCUUCGUAUUCGUAAUGUUACUGAUCCUGGCGGCUGAUUCAAAAAUAAGAUCAAAAAAACGCGUUGGUAAUUCUCAAAACGAUCCCGCAGUAAUGAAUUCAAUUGACGGAGAAGAUUAUAUAGACUUUGAUAAUUCUGACUCAUUGUUCGAUAAUUCUGAUUCUGGCGGUUUGAUUUCACAAUAUGAGAAUCCUGCUUCCAAGUUAAAAGAAAAAUUUAAUUUUGCUUCAUUCGAUUGUGGUGCUUUAGUUUUAAAAUCCAACCCAGAAGCAAAAGGCGCCAUUUCACUUUUAUAUGAAAGUAAAGAUUCUUAUGUCUUAAAUAAAUGUGCUGCCACGAAAUUCAUAAUACUGCAAUUAUGUGAAGAUAUUUUAAUAGAUUCUUUAGCAAUGGCAAAUUUCGAAUUUUUUUCUUCGACAUUCAAGGAUUUUAAAAUAUCUAUUAGCAAAUGGUAUCCUGCUAAGGAAGGUUGGAAAGUUAUAGGCGAAUAUAAGGCAAACAAUUCAAGGGAAUUACAGAUAUUUGAGGUUAAAGAUCCAUUAAUGUUUGCAAAGUAUCUUCGUAUAGACUUUCUGACCCAUUAUGGACACCAAUAUUACUGUCCAGUAAGUUUGCUUCGAGUUCAUGGCUCAAACGAAUAUGAAAAGUGGAAAAGAGAACAAGAAGAGAUUGAAAACCAACUUAAAGAAUCUCAAAGUCAAGAAGCUGUAUUAUCAUCUGAAUCUUCUCAUGACAUUGAUAUUGACGGAAAUAAUUUAAAUGAUGACAAUUCUAGCCUUUUAAUGCCAAUUACAUCUGAGACUAACGAAAAGGAUUCGGUAAAAGAGUUGCCGAGACAGCCGAAAACUCCUCCAGGAUUAACAGAUAAUCAAUCCAACCUGGGAAUCAAUGAUAAAACUAAUGUUGUAAAAGACCCUGUACCCUCAACAUCUGUCGACUUGUGUCCAGUAAACGAUGUUCAUAUGUUGUUUAAAGAUAAAUCAUGUUAUACUACGGUUCCUCUAAUCGAACAAUACUAUCAACCAAACAACAUCUACUCGGACGAAUCCCUAUUAUUUCCAGGUGUAUGUAUAAUUGAUAUGUGUCCAUUAUAUGUUACCGAAUCCGAUCUAGUAUCUACAGAAGAUAUAAAUAGUCUCAUCGAACAUAAGAGGCAGAUACAAAUAAUGAAUUUGGAAACAAAGUCUACACAACCUUCACUUUCAUCAACUACAUCUACGCAGAAGCCAUCAUCAACACCAAAGAUCUUCAAAGAUGAUAUGGGUGAUAUUUUCAUAUCUUCAUCUCCAGAUGGUGGUAGACAUUCAAAUGGUCAAGAUAGUAUUUUUAAAACUAUUAUGACACGUCUUAAUAAACUUGAACAUGACACGGAAUUAUCUAAUCGUUACAUAAGAAAUAUGCUUAAAGAAACUUUAACAGCCAUGGAUACAUUACAAUCACAAAACAUAAUGUCCAUGUGGAACCAGAUCAAUGAGACAGUAGGAAGCUUGAAAAAUGGAUAUGAGCAACUGGUAAUAGAAUCUAUUACUCAAAUUAAGGUUACGCAAAGUCGUCAUGACGAAGAAUUAAAGAAUGUUACAUCAGAUUUACAUCAUUUAGUUGCGGAGAUGUAUAUUCAAGGCUUCCUCACGAGAAAUGACGAAACUAUCGCAUUCGUGACUUGCGAGACAAAUUGUUAG